AUGAGAGGAUCUAUUCAGGCUUACCUGCAGCUGCUGUCGACUUCAGGAGCUCAUUCUGGCACAACUGGUCGUCAGGUCGGAGUCGUCGAAGUUGCCAGUGACGUCGUGGUUACAAAACGCCCGCGAGAGGUCACUGCUAGCGUCGAGCGUUGGUUGUCUCAUUAUCCCUCCGACAGAAACGAAUUCUGUCUCGAAUGUGGACUUCGCAAAGCUGUUGAGAAUUUAUGGACAUCAAUGAGAGGAUCUAUUCAGGCUUACCUGCAGCUGCUGUCGACUUCAGGAGCUCAUUCUGGCACAACUGGUCGUCAGGUCGGAGUCGUCGAAGUUGCCAGUGACGUCGUGGUUACAAAACGCCCGCGAGAGGUCACUGCUAGCGUCGAGCGUUGGUUGUCUCAUUAUCCCUCCGACAGAAACGAAUUCUGUCUCGAAUGUGGACUUCGCAAAGCUGUUGAGAAAGUCAAAGAAAAAAAGAAACAUGUUCCAUUACUCGAUAACUUCGAAACUAGAUUAAAACGAGUCCGAGUCGUGAGCCUGGUUGCUGAAUGCCCUCCGGCUAAGGUUCCUCUGCUUUCUUCGCUCGCUCUUUUCAUGACUGGUCUGUCGGGAAGAUGA